AUGACAGGCUCGUUCAAGAAUAAGUUAGGCCAUGGAGGUUCUGGAAGUGUAUACAGAGGAAGGCUGCAAGAUGGUCGUCCUGUGGCGGUGAAGAUCCUUAAUGAAAAUCUGAAAGGGAAACGGCAAGGGGAAGAAUUUAUAAAUGAAAUUGUUAGCAUCAGUAAAACCUCACAUGUUAAUAUAGUUUCUCUGGUGGGAUUCUGCUUUGAAGGUCAUAAACAAGCACUUGUUUAUGAGUUCAUGGCUAACGGUUCGCUUGAAAGGUUCAUAUAUGAUAAAAAAAGUUGCCUAGGAUGGGAAAAAUUGUAUGAAAUUGCAAUUGGAAUAGCUCGAGGGCUUGAGUAUCUACAUGGCGGAUGCAACACUCAAAUCUUGCAUUUCGAUAUCAAACCUCAUAAUAUACUUCUAGAUGAAUAUUUUUGUCCGAAGAUUGCAGAUUUUGGACUUUCUAAACUAUGUCCUAGAAAAGAAAAUUUUACUUCAAUGGAAGAUGCAAGAGGUACUGUUGGAUACAUUGCUCCUGAAGUAUAUAACAGAUGCUUUGGAAAAGUUUCGCAUAAAUCCGAUGUGUAUAACUAUGGAGUGAUGAUUUUAGAAAUGGUAAGUGGAAGGAAGAAUGCAAAUGUUAUGGCGGAAAAUAGAAGGAAGAUUUAUUUCCCACAUUGGAUCUACACUCGUCUGCAACUCGAAAAUGAUCUGGGGCUAUGUUCUGUUAGGACCAAAGAAGAAGAUGAAAUUGCAAGAAAAAUGACCAUAGUAGGCCUAUGUUUCUCCUCAAAGUUCAUCAAGUAA